AUGUACAAAGAGUUGGCGGUGGCGUUGGGGCUUGGAGCGGUGGUAGCUCUGGUAUUCCUGAAGAAGAGAAAGAGGGUCCUGAAAGCUCAGGAUGGAUGGUGGGGUGUGGGAGCUUGUCCCCAAGGACCUGAGGAUGACAGUGUCCGUCCUUUUAAAGUUGAGACAACUUCAGAAGAGAUUGAGGAUCUGCACCACAGGCUAGAUCAGACCCGUUCCUUUCCUUCUCUUGAAGACAGUCAGUUUAACUAUGGCUUUAACUCCAGAUACCUUGAGAAGGUUGUGUCGUAUUGGAGAAAUGAUUUUAACUGGAGGAAACAAGUGGAUAAACUGAACAAAUACCCUCAUUUCAAGACCAAAAUCGAAGGUAUUGAUAUUCACUAUGUCCACGUGAAACCAAAGAACCUGGCCGAGGGAACCCGUGCUGUGCCUCUGAUGAUGGUACAUGGAUGGCCAGGCUCUUUCUAUGAAUUUUAUGGUAUUAUCCCCCUGCUUACGGAGCCAUCCAGUCCUGAUGACAUAACCUUCGAAGUCAUUUGUCCCUCAAUACCUGGUUAUGGUUUCUCAGAGGCUCCACAUAAGAAAGGUUUUGACACUGUAUGUGCAGCUCACAUAUUUAAUAAACUGAUGAAGAGGCUUGGUUUCAACCAUUACUAUGUUCAGGGAGGAGACUGGGGCUCGCUUAUUACCACUAACAUGGCCCAGCAGGAGCCCAAUGCUGUGAAAGGCCUCCACAUUAACUUUGCUCCCCCUGCACAAGCAGGCCUCCUCAUGAUGUUGUCUAUUAUUUUUGGUCGCCGAUUCCCCAAACUCUUUGGCUUCACUGAGCAUGAUGUUAAACGCCUUUUCCCCACCAAGGAAAAGCUUUUAGUAGACGCAUUAAGGGAGACUGGAUACAUGCACAUACAGUCCACUAAACCUGACACUGCAGGCCGUGGAUUGAAUGACUCUCCCGUUGGUUUGGCUGCCUACAUUUUGGAGAAAUUUUCAACCUGGACUGAACCGGAGUUUAAGAACCUUGAGGAUGGUGGGCUGGAGAGGAAGUAUUCUCUUGAUGAUCUCCUGACAAAUGUGAUGAUCUACUGGACCUCUAGGAGCAUUAUAUCCUCCAUGCGUUUCUACAAGGAGAACUUCGGCAAAGGCCUGAACCAGCCCCAUGCAAAGCUUCCAGUUUAUGUUCCGACCGGUGUGGCCUCUUUCCCUAAUGAGGUGAUGCAUUCCCCUAAAUUGUGGGUGACACAGAAAUACCAUAAGCUUAAGACUUACACUCUCAUGGCUCGCGGGGGCCAUUUUGCUGCUAUGGAGGAGCCACAGUUAUUGGCAGAGGAUGUUCAGAACUUUGUCAAGAAUGUGGAAAAGAGAAAGAAGAAAUAAACUGUUCUAUGUCCUUUUAUUCCAUGGACUAAUGGAACACAGUGUUUAGAUUCAGAGAUACAUGAAGUUAAAAAAAAACAACUGUUGGACCAUAACAGAUGACUAAUCCUAAUCAUAACUGUGUCAGAAACUAUUUGCAUUACAUUCAAUUUAUGUAAUAGUCCUAUUAAUCCUAGAAAUGUAUUAACACAAUUUUAUUUUUAUUAUGAGCCUUAGUUUUAUUGCCGUUUAAAUAAUUCUAUUAAAACGACAGGAGCUAACUUACAGUGAUUAUUUAUGGAGCUGUCCGAAUGGGACCACAUGAAUCAAUUUAAUGCUGAUGUUAAACCGUAUGAAAUGAUAGUCGACACUUUAUCGAAGCGCUUUCUAAUUGCAGUUAUUGUAUGAUAGCAAAACGUAGUAAAGACUGAAAUCAAAAAAGACUGUCAGGAAGACAUUUUUAUUGUUAUCAAGACAAAUUUAAUACCACUUUUUCAUUACAAACAAUUCAUUAAGAGGAAAAAUGAGUGUUCAUGAUUCAAAGUAAUGCCCACUAGAGUGGCUAAGUAUAUCUGUUCUUCUAUUCUGCAUUCAUCUAUAUAAAUAAAAGUAUCAUCGCUUAUA